UUCACUUACCUGCUGACUUCGCGCGGGCAGGAGCUGGACAGCUUCCCUCUUGCGGCGGCUGCCUCGAACUGUGUCUGCACGGGCAGAAGUCAUUGUUACUGUAAUGGAACAAAAGGCAAUAAGGGUGAAAAGGGCUUUCCUGGUUACCCUGGCCCACCUGGUCAAAUGGGUUUUCCUGGCCCAGAAGGUCCUCCUGGGCCACAAGGACCUAAGGGAUUUCCAGGGUCGAUAGGCUUUUCUGGACCUAAAGGUUCAAGGGGUAUGCCAGGUGUCCCUGGUUAUUCAGGUCCUCCAGGUCUCCCAGGUGAACCAGGAAAUGCUGGCCCUUCAGGACGUCCAGGUAUACCAGGGUGCAAUGGAACAAAGGGUGAUCAAGGAUUUCCAGGGUUCCAAGGGCAAGUUGGAUUUCCAGGAUUACCAGGUCCUAAAGGCGUCAAAGGGGAAAAAGGGAGUUCUGCAAGUGGAUUUGACCCGGGUUAUCGUUCCCAAGGUGAUCCUGGAUUGCCAGGAUAUCCUGGAUUGCAGGGUGAUCCAGGACCUCCAGGUGUACCUGGGCUAAUUGGGCCAGAGGGUCCUCCAGGAUUUCCAGGAUCACAAGGAAGACCAGGAGUCCCGGGACCUAAGGGUCUUAUGGGUGCUAAAGUGAUUGGACCCAAAGGAAAGAAGGGCGAUGUUGGACUAAUGGGCCCUCCUGGACCAACAGGAACAGUUAUUGUAACACUAACUCGAGCAGACAAUUCAACGGAAUUAAAAGGAGAUAAAGGAGACUUGGGUUCUCCAGGAGCCCCUGGGCCCCCAGGAGACUCAGGUUUACCUGGUGAUUUUCGAAGUGCAAAGGGAAAUCCUGGAGAGCCAGGACCUCAGGGUAGACCUGGAAAGGAUGGUGUCCCUGGUCCACCUGGUAUACAGGGAGAAAAAGGAGAACAAGGUUUGCGAGGAUUGCCUGGAGAAGUCGGUCCUAAGGGAAGAAAAGGAGAAGCUGGCCGCCAAGGAAUUCAGGGUCCAACAGAGUAUUAUGAGGAAGUGCCUGGUGAAAAAGGAAAUAAAGGCUAUUUAGGAAUGCCAGGCUUGAAAGGCCAGCGUGGAGCACCAGGGCCACAAGGUCCCUCUGGUAUCAUUGGUAGCCCAGGCAUUUCACAACCUGGUCCAAGAGGUCUACCAGGUUCUCCAGGUCUGAAAGGAAGGAAAGGUGACAGAGGACAACCUGGCAUGAAUGCCAUUGGACCACCAGGACUUCCAGGACCUCUCGGACAGCCAGGCCCAGCAGGGGCUGUAGGUCUUCCAGGACAACCAGGUAGAAUAACUUUUGAAAGAGGUCCACAAGGAUCCCCUGGAAGCCCAGGAUGCAUGGGGCCUCCGGGCCUUUCAGGAGAGAUUGGAGCAAAAGGUGAAGAAGCAGGCCCAUGUGACCAGUGUACCUAUAUCACAGGAGAACCGGGCCUUCUUGGUAUACCUGGACCGGAAGGACAACAAGGAGUUAAAGGUGUAGAAGGAAGGUUUGGCCCAAAGGGGUCUCAAGGAUCCCAAGGGCGGCAGGGGCCACCUGGAAUUCAAGGAUUCCCAGGUCCCGCAGGACAGCAAGGUCUUAAAGGAUCAAAAGGUGAACCAGCCUAUAUUGAUCCAGAAGGUCCAAGCGGAGACACAGGAGACCCAGGACUGAGAGGGAGACCUGGAGAAAAUGGAUUGGAUGGGUUACCUGGAAAACCUGGACUGAACGGCGCAAGAGGUUCUAUGGGAACAAAGGGAUCUGAUGGCCCAAAGGGGGACAGAGGAGCACCAGGAUCUGUUGGUAUCCCAGGUCUUCCUGGAGAAAUAGGCCCAUCUGGACCACCAGGAUAUGGACCCCAAGGAACUGAAGGUUCUAAAGGAUCUCAAGGAAAUCCUGGUUUGCCUGGGUUUCUUGGAGAAUCUGGUCCUAAAGGUGAGCCUGGUAAGGCCAUUGCAAUCCCUGGGCCCCCUGGACUUCGAGGACCAGAUGGUAGACCUGGGCUACAAGGAGUAAGAGGAAGCCCUGGACCUAGAGGACAGCGUGGUGAUCUAGGUCUUCCAGGACCAGAAGGUGAUCCAGGCUUAACACAGAUUGGAUUUCCUGGUUAUCCUGGUUUGAAAGGAAAUAAAGGAUCUCAAGGACCUGAAGGACCACCAGGUUGUCUAGGAAAAACAGGGGAACCGGGUUUUCCUGGAAUACCUGGAAUUCCAGGAGGAAAGGGUGAACCGGGCCCAAUUAUUCCUGGAGAGCAAGGUAGACUGGGUUCUCCAGGAGAUGGGGGCAUGCCUGGUGAGAAGGGUGAAAGAGGAUUUCCAGGUCUUGCAGGACUUCCAGGUCAACAAGGUCAAAGUGGUCCUGAUGGACCAAGAGGAGAACCUGGCUUUCCUGGAGAACCAGGAGAAAUGGGUGUUCCAGGCAAAAUGGGUGAUUGUCUUGUUGGCUUACCAGGACCUCCAGGUCCAUGUGGAAUAAUAGGCCCACCAGGAGUCCAAGGAAGAUUAGGACCCAAAGGAGAUCCAGGUAUUCCAGGAUUAGACAUUCCUGGGUUCCCAGGACAAUCUGGGCUUCCUGGAAUUCCUGGCCAACAAGGAGGUGAUGGAUUGCCUGGCAUCAAGGGACAGCCUGGCAGGCUAGGUGUGCCAGGUAUACCAGGUCCAAGAGGAGAACUAGGAUUGAUGGGUCCUGUAGGUACUCCUGGACUACCUGGGGUCUUUGGAAAUCCGGGUAUACCUGGAAGUAGGGGUGCUCCUGGCUUUCCAGGGCCAAAAGGAAGAAAAGGAUCUUUGGGAGAAAAAGGUGAGCCAGGUAAUAAAGGUUCUCCUGGCAUCUCAGAGUCCAGAGUGAUUUCUGGAGAUAAAGGAGAAAAAGGAGCUAAAGGAUUUCAAGGAAGAAUGGGACUUAGAGGAGAAAAAGGAGAGCAAGGUGCACAAGGAUGUGUAGGCUUUAAUGGACUACCAGGAACACCAGGUCCACCAGGUUCCAAAGGAGAUAAAGGACUUCCAGGAAUUCGUGGGAGACAGGGAUUUCCUGGAGAUCAAGGAGACAGAGGAAACAUGGGCGUACCAGGUGCUAAAGGUGAGCAAGGUUCAGUAGGUUUUCCUGGAACAUCAGGCACACCAGGACUACCUGGCUUACCUGGUAGACCGGGGGAUAAAGGAGAACCAGCCUCUCCCGGAACUGGGCCUACAGGAAAUCCAGGAUCCAAGGGAGAACCAGGUCUACCAGGAGAGAGAGGAAGAAAAGGUGAACAAGGAUCACCAGGCCAGCCAGGGCUUGUUGGAGAACCUGGACUAUUGGGAAACAGAGGAGACACUGGUCAAUCAGGAAUUCCAGGACAAUCAGGACCUGCAGGUUUAAAGGGUCGCAAAGGCAGUAAAGGAUUACCAGGGCAAAAUGGCCUCAGAGGUUUUCCAGGUUUUUCUGGGUUACCCGGUGUUGAUGGUGCAGUUGGCGAAAGGGGUAAUCAAGGAAGUGAUGGCAUUCCUGGACCGCCUGGAGAAAAGGGAGCACAAGGUCUUCCUGGGUUGAAAGCUCCUGGUCCUCAAGGCAUUCCUGGUCCUAAAGGUAUCAAAGGAGAUAUGGGAUUGGCCGGUUUUCCAGGACCACGAGGUGUUAAAGGUCUUAUGGGGGAUCAAGGACGAAGAGGACCUCCUGGCAUACCUGGAUUACCAGGACAUCCAGGGGAACCAGGCGUAGUAAUUCCAGGUCUGAAAGGAAAUAGAGGCCUCCCAGGUCUUGAUGGACAACCAGGUAUUCCAGGUAUCCCAGGACCCAUUGGACUCCCCAGCUUCAGUAUUAAAGGAAGCAAAGGUGAUCGAGGAACAGAUGGGCUACCAGGUCCACCAGGAUUUAGAGGUGAUGUUGGUCUCCCUGGUCUACCGGGAGUUGAAGGUAUCCCUGGCUAUCAAGGUCCUAGAGGUGAACCUGGUUUUCCUGGAUUUCCAGGCAUAAAAGGAGCAAAAGGCAAUAGGGGAGCACCUGGCAUAACAGGAAUGGCAGGGCCUGGAGGUCCCAAGGGUCCACCUGGUCAGCCUGGACCAGCUGCAAGUGCUGUCUCUUUCCCAGGAAAUCCAGGGCCAGCUGGGCCUCCAGGAAUUCCUGGAUAUCCAGGAGAUUCAGGCCCAAGAGGAGUGCCUGGACCACCAGGGCCUCCAGGUAUAAAGGGCCAGCCAGGCCGUUGUGGGAUUCCAGGUAAACCUGGACCACCUGGACCAAAAGGAGAAAAGGGAUUUCAAGGACAAAAAGGUUUACCAGGAUUGCUUGGGUUUCCUGGAGUAGAAGGACUUCCUGGACUCCCAGGAAUUUGCUUACCGGGUCCAGCAAAAAGGGGCUUCAUCUUUUCUCGGCACAGCCAGUCAACAGAAAUCCCUGUGUGCCCAUCUGGGACAGCCCAAAUCUAUGGUGGUUAUUCUCUGCUUUCUAUACAAGGGAAUGAGCAAGCACAUGGACAAGACCUUGGUACAGCUGGUAGCUGUCUUGCAAGAUUUACCACCAUGCCCUUUUUAUUAUGCAAUCCCAAUAAUAUAUGUAGAUUUGCUUCCCGUAAUGACUAUUCGUACUGGCUGUCGACAGUGCAAGCAAGGCCUGAGGAUAUGGAACCAAUUUCUGGGAGAGCUUUGGAACGUUAUAUUAGCAGGUGCACGGUCUGUGAAGGUCCUGCAAUGGUCAUAGCAGUCCACAGUCAAACAACUUCAGUUCCACCAUGUCCUCAAGGCUGGCAAUCUCUUUGGAAAGGAUUUUCUUUUGUUAUGUAUACAGGUGCAGGCUCAGAAGCUUCCGGACAAGCAUUGGCCUCUCCAGGGUCAUGUUUAGAAAAAUUCCACGCAAUUCCAUUUAUUGAAUGUCAUGGCCGAGGGACGUGCAAUUAUUACUCAAACUCCUACAGUUUCUGGCUGGCUUCACUAAAUCCAAGAAGAAUGUUCAGGAAACCAUUGCCACAGACUCUGAAAGCUGGUGAACUGGAAAAAAUAAUUAGUCGCUGUCAAGUCUGCAUGAAGAGACCUAGCUAAGAAAACUAUUAUCAAAAAUUAAACUCCUUUUGUGGCACAGUGAAAAACUAAACCUUACCAAAAAGAUUUUAUAGUGUGACUUAACAAAAGGCAAUCUGUAUUUAUAUUAUAAACUUGAAAUACCGAUGCUUUACCAUAAUGAAAUAGUGCAAUAUUUUGAUUCUUUUAUUUCUGAUAAAGAUGCAAAGCACUUUUUUUUUGAAAGAAAAUGUCUGUACUUGCUGUUCUACAAGAUUGUUGCUUUUUGAACUUUGUCAUUCCUGGGUCUGUGGAAAUUAUGUCAUAAGGUGUCAAGCCUAUUUUACGUGGAAAGACUUAACAGCUGUCAUCUGUGCUUUUCUAACUGUAAAAUGGAGUAAACAGGGUAGUGUUGAUUUACAUGAAUGUUGUUAAAUAUUAGUUAAACUGAAAUAGUGGACCCAUAAGGAAUCAAAUGGAGCUAAACAACUCCAUGUGAUACUUUUGAAAUUUUACUAAAUGUAUUCAUCUUGCCUGUUACUUUUCCUUUGACAAGGAAAUGGGAAGUACUAUUACAAUAGCAGUACUGCUUUACAAUUUGGAAAGGGAAUGUAACAAAAGGAGUUUGUUGGAUUGGUUAUCCAGUAAGUACAAUAGGAGUAUGUUUGCAUAUUUUUUCAUCUGAUUGCCACAAGUCUUUGGUCGAUUCAACUCACGGUGCAAUCCUGACUAGCCAAGGUGCUGGCUGAGCUGAUAUAAAGCCAGCAGAGGCUGUGCUGAAUUCUGGCUCCUCCCAACCUUGGGAUGUUGGAAAUGAUUUAGAACUACACCAGCACUGGGCUACCUUUAUGCCAGCAUAGUAGUGGUAAACAAGGGUUGAGAUGGGUUUGGAUCUGGCGUAACUCAUUUCUUCCCUUGUUAUGCCUUUUGCUGAUGUUGUGCCAACUGAUCUUAAAUCCAGUUGUGCCAGUACAUCUGAGAUCAGACCUCACAAUGGGGAUACACUGGCACAAAAGCAGAACAAGCUCCUGAGUCUUCCAAGCCCACUACAGUCACUGCAUCUUUGAGUUUGACUUGCACUGCCUGUUCUAAAAACUGCAUACCUGAUAGGUAUGAUGUCUACAGAGCCAGCUCUGCCAUGAGACAGCAUGGCAAUCUUACCUCAGGUGAAAUGCUGUAUUGAAAGAUCACACACAAACACCCAUUUAUCAUUCAAAGGGCUGCGUGCCACUAAUGCAGCUGGCUGUAUUUCUUCAGAUGCCUGCCCAUCCAUCACAGUAUAGCCCAAUAUCUACUCAAAAGAAAGAUUAAUUCAUUUUACUAGACUUUCUCCUAGAAAACUGGCUAUGUAGAGUAGCAACUUCAAUUAUCUCUUGCCUUCAGACUGAAUCUAGAUAAAUUAGCCCUAUUUUAGUGCUAUUGACAUUGAGAUAAACUGUUUAUUAUCAACUUCGGAGGAGCCAGAUGUGAAAAAAGUUAUUUUCCUUGCAAGCUGCCAAUGUAAAUUAUUAUUAGCAUAUAUGGCCAAUGCACAGGUAAAAUCAAUAUAGCCUAGUAACUUUGCAGACUUUUUCACAUGGUAUCAUGGUAUCACUUAUAGGCCUGAUUCUGUAUGAUUCUAUUUUUUAAAAAAACAUUAGAUUUGAAUGGAGGUUACAUUAAGUAAAUGUUAUGUGAUACUUCUGCUGUUGCAGCAAAUGCAAAAAAAACCUCAUGUCUAAUUCUACCCUCCAAAAUAAUAGCUAUACAUUUUUAAAAAAUUUACAUACAUGAUAGUUGAGACUAUCAGCCAAAUUUAUUCAUAAUCCAUCCUGUGAAUGCAGGCACCUAACUAGAAUAUAUUUUGAGGAGUUUCAAAUAGUACUAUCUGGGAAAAUAUUUACAUGGAACAUUCAGUUAAAUGGAUUGACAAUGCAACCAUGUGUGUUUAAUUAGAAUACUCCUGAAUUUCACCAUGAUUCAAUUCCUAGUAACUGUGUUUAGAAUUGUGCUUAGGUGAAUUAUGCUGAUUAGUAAGGGAGAUUCUUAUCCCAACACGGUACAUUUAUCUGGUGCUGAAAACCUACUGCAAGGUAUAUACAGUUCCUGUUGAACCUGAUAUAAGAAUCUAAUUGGGGAGACAUGUUUAUCUCCAUCUAGGGCUAUUAGCUGCAAAGCAUAACCAGAGCUACAUUAGGGCAUUGAUAUUAUUAUCAAUAAAUAAUUAUGUGUUGUCGAGUCAAUUCCAACUUAUGAUGACCCUCUCAACAUGUCCUAGGCAUAAAGCGUCUAGAAGUGGUAUACCACUCCUUCCUUCUGAUGGUGCUCUGGCACCAUGCAGCUUGCCCAAGGUGGCUGGGUAUAAUCCCAUAAACUGUUUAUAUUCUAGUUCCUCUUGGUUGGCCCCUCUGCCAGAAGACAUAAUGAGGAUGUAAACUCCCAGUUCUUAUCUCUGUAGCUAGAUACUCCAGCUCACUGAGUUAUACCAGCUCUACUGUGGUUGCUGCUGCUGCUCCUGCAAUUAUUAGUUUCACCAAUUAUUAUUAUUAUUAUUACUAAUGUAUAAUUUAUGUAUAGAACUGUAGUUCUAGAUGUUUUAUAUUUAUAAUGUUGCACUUGAAAAAUAGCUGAAAAUAAUUAUUGAAGUUAAAACUAAAGUGGCUUGCUAUUUUUGAUAUUUGCACAAUUAUCAGUAUUUGCAAUCCUUAGCCAUAAAAUGACAUUUCAUUAGUUUUAAGAUUUGUUUAAAUGUAUAUUCAAAACACAAGGUACACAGUACAAUUCUGUACUCCUCUAUUCAAAGACAGGUCCCACUGCACUCAACUGAAGUUACUACCAGGUGAGAGUAUUCAGGAUAGCAGCCUUAGAGAUCCACCAAAGUACCUUUUCCCCUCACUAAUAAUAUGUAUUUUUGCAAGCAUUUUAAAAAUGUAAUUGCUAUUUUAAUGAUUUAGUAUCUAAAUGAUGUACUUCUACAGUGUAAUCCUGUGCAUUUGACCAUGUGUAUCAAAUUCCAUUGAGUUUUAUGAUGUUUAUUCUCGUAUAAAUGGGCAUAGAAUUACAUCCAUAGCAAUAACAACACUGUAAAGACAUUCCAGUCCUAUGACUUGAUGGGAAACAAGGUGUAUAGGAAGAGUUGCCAACCUUAGAAUUAUUGCAGUGUCACAGGUUACACAGUGGAGCACUGCACUGCAAGCAGAUAAUCCAGGACAAAUGUUCAGGCUUCAAUUCUAAAUAAAAUAAAAUCUAAAACAGA